UACUCCUGAGGCUCCCAAAAUGUUAUCUUUUGAAAUAGGAAUUAAUACCAGGCAAAAUGUGCCAUGCUUUAUGAAAGAUCCAGUUUUUGUCUUCCUUAGGGUUUUGUUCUUUUAAAAAGAAUGGUUUGAGAUGCACCGAUAUUUGCGGACCCGAAAAGGAGUCACCCUAACCUCAUUCAUAAGGUGGGAGAAUGUCGAAGUCUGGACAACGUUGGAUUACAAGAUAUUAAUCACAAGAUCGAUGCAUCUACACAAAUAUGGGUCUUGAAAAAUAAAAUGGAAUAAUUCUGGAGAAGGCCAGUGUGAGAAAGAAAAACAUAUCCAUUUUAUAGAUAUGUUUGUUGCUCAGGCAUUUUACAUGAUGUCCAGAGGGAGUUUCUUUUCCUAUGUUGUCUUAACAUCCUCCCUGCAGCACAGUGGAAAGUCAAUAAAAACUUAUUGCAUAAUGGGAAAUGAGAAAAAGCAGCCAUUGAAGUCCACUGAAGACAAUUCACCAAGGGAAUAGAUGUCACCGUGAGCGACACAAGUCAUCUUAAGUAGCUUUGAUAUUCUUUAAGCCUGUUAUUGAAGACCUAAGGAUGGAAUUGGCCAGAAAAUGCACCAGACUCAUUAGUGAUAUUCAUUAUAAAGAAGAGUAUAAAAAGUCUAAGGACAAGUGUACAUUUGUGACCGACACUCCCAUGCUAAACCAUGUAAAACAUAUUGGUGCUUUUAUUUCUGAGGCAAAAUACAAAGGCACCGUUAAGGCAAACCUCUCCAAUUCUCUUUAUAAGCAGAUGCCAGCUACAAUUGAUAGUGUCUUCGCAAGAGAAGUUAUGCAGCUUCAGAGUGAGGUUGCCUAUAAGCAGAAACAUGAUGCUGCCAAAGGAUUCUCAGAUUAUGCCCAUAUGAAGGAGCCACCUGACAUCAAACAUGCCAUGGAGGUCAAUAAACACCAGAGUAAUAUUUCUUAUAGGAAAGAUGUGCAGGACACCCACAUGUAUAGUGCGGAUCUCAACAGACCAGACAUCAAGAUGGCAACACAGAUCUCCAAGAUCAUAAGCAAUGCAGAAUACAAGAAAGGGCAAGGAGUAAUGAACAAAGAGCCAGCUGUAAUUGGAAGACCAGAUUUUGAACAUGCUGUGGAAGCUUCUAAACUUUCUAGUCAAAUUAAAUACAAAGAGAAAUUUGAUAAUGAAAUGAAGGAUAAGAAACAUCAUUAUAAUCCUCUUGAAAGUCCUUCUUUUAGGCAAAGCCAGCUUGCCACUGCCCUGGUGAGCGAUGUGAAGUACAAGAAAGACAUUCAAAACAUGCACGAUCCAGUCUCAGAUCUCCCCAACUUGUAUUUAGACCAUGCUUUGAAAACCAGCAAAAUGCUCAGCGGACGAGAAUAUAGAAAGCUUUUUGAGGAAAACAAAGGAAUGUAUCAUUUUGACGCGGAUGCUGCCGAACAUUUGCACCAUAAAGGCAAUGCCAGGCUCCAGAGUCAGGUUAAAUAUAAAGAAGAGUAUGAGAAAAAUAAGGGGAAAUCCAUGCUUGAAUUUGUUGAGACUCCCUCCUAUCAAGCUUCCAAGGAGGCUCAGAAGAUGCAGAGUGAGAAAGUUUACAGAGAAGAUUUUGAGAAGGAGAUUAAAGGAAGGUCAUCACUGGAUUUAGACAAGACUCCAGAAUUUUUACAUGUUAAGUACAUCACCAACCUUCUGAAAGAGAAAGAAUAUAAAAAAGAUUUGGAAAAUGAAAUAAAAGGCAAAGGAAUGGAACUUACUUCAGAUGUUCUUGAUAUUCAAAGAACAAAACGUGCAUCCGAAAUGGCUAGUGAUAAAGAAUACAAGAAAGACCUGGAGUCAAAAAUUAAAGGGAAAGGAAUGCAGGUUGGCACCAACACCCUUGAAAUACAACAUGCCAGAAAAGCUUCAGAGAUAGCUAGUCAGAAAGAGUAUAAGAGAGAUCUGGAGACUGAAAUAAAAGGAAAGGGCAUGCAGGUGGGCACAGACACUCCUGAUAUCCAGAGAGCCAAGAAGGCAUCGGAAAUGGCCAGUCAGAAAGAAUAUAAGAAAGACUUGGAAAAUGAAAUUAAGGGGAAAGGAAUGCAAGUGAGCAUGGACAUCCCGGACAUACUUCGAGCCAAGAGGGCAUCUGAGAUCUAUAGCCAGAAAAAGUAUAAAGACGAAGCAGAGAAGAUGCUUUCUAACUAUAGUUCUGUGGCAGAUACUCCUGAAAUUCAGAGAAUCAAGACAACUCAACAAAACAUUAGCGCAGUAUUUUAUAAGAAAGAAGUAGGAGCUGGCACAGCAGUAAAAGAUACUCCGGAGACUGAACGAGUGAAGAAAAAUCAGCAGAAUAUUAGUUCAGUAAAAUACAAAGAAGAGAUGAAACAGGCAACGGCCAUUUCCGAUCCUCCAGAGCUGAAGAGAGCUAAAGAAAACCAGAAGAACAUCAGCAAUCUCCAGUACAAGGAGCAGUGCCACAGAGCCACGCCAGUGAGCGUCACGCCAGAGAUGGAGAGGGUGAGGAGAAACCAGGAGCAACUGAGUAUGGUAAAAUACAAAGGAGAAAUUAAGCAGGCAACUGCAAUUUCUGAUCCACCGGAGCUGAAGAGAGCUAAAGAAAACCAGAAGAACAUCAGUGAUGUUUAUUAUAAAGGUCAACUGGGAAGAGGUACAGCUUUAAGUGUAACUCCUGAAAUGGAAAGAGUGAAGAAGAAUCAAGAAAAUAUUAGUUCGGUAAAAUAUACCCAGGACCAUAAACAGAUGAAAGGUAGACCAAGUCUGAUUUUAGAUACACCUGGUCUGAGAUAUGUCAAAGAAGCACAAAAUCAUAUUUCAAUGGUAAAAUAUCAUGAAGAUUUUGAAAAGACAAAGGGAAGGGGCUUUACUCCUGUUGUUGAUGACCCUGUGACAGAGCGAGUGAGGAAGAACACCCAGGUAGUCAGCGAUGCAGCCUACAAAGGUGUCCAUCCUCACAUCGUGGAGAUGGACAGGAGACCUGGAAUCAUUGUGGACCUCAAAGUUUGGCGUACAGACCCUGGUUCUGUCUUCGACCUUGAUCCCCUGGAAGACAAUAUUCAGUCUAGAAGUCUCCAUAUGCUCUCUGAAAAGGCGAGUCACUAUAGGAGACACCGUUCUCGAUCUCACUCAAGCAGUACUUUUGGUACAGGUCUGGGAGAUGACAAAUCAGAAAUAUCUGAGAUGUACCCUAGCUUUUCAUGCUGCAGUGAGGUAACCAGACCGUCGGAUGAAGGAGCCCCUGUCCUUCCCGGAGCCUACCAGCAAAGCCAUUCCCAAGGCUAUGGAUACAUGCACCAGACCAGCCUCUCAUCCAUGAGGUCAAUGCAGCACUCACCAAAUCUAAGGACCUACCGAGCCAUGUACGAUUACAGCGCCCAGGACGAAGACGAGGUCUCCUUCCGGGACGGCGACUACAUUGUCAACGUGCAGCCUAUCGACGACGGCUGGAUGUACGGCACAGUGCAGAGAACUGGCAAAACAGGGAUGCUCCCGGCGAAUUACAUUGAGUUUGUCAAUUAAGUCUUUCUCCUUGUCUUUGAGCUUUAUUCUAAUGUAUACUAAACCCAACCUUUUUAAAAGAUAGAAGAUACUUUUAAGACAACUUGGCAGUUAUUUUACAAUAAUCUAUCUUUCCUUUGACAAUGAGACACACACAGCAGGAAGAAAGAAUGGCUUCUGGGCUCAGCACAGCAGCAUUGUCAGGAGUUCCUGUAAACAAAAUCCUUAGGUCCGGGCCCGGUGCUGCUAAACGGGUUAAUGGUUUCCUUGGAUUGGCUACGGCACACUUCUGGGAAAUGUAUUUUUGUAGCCUUUCAUAGAGAUGUUGAUCGUCCCUUAAAUGUAACAAGUCUGUGAAACUUCUUAGCUGUCACUUUGGAAUCACCAGAAGCCAGUUCUCUUAAUUCAGUAACACAGCCAAUAAUUUAAAAACCAUUUAGCUUUUGAGUCAUUAGGGAAUUUCCAAUUCAAGUGAAAAUUGCCCUAAUGUAAUAAACGUCAAGAGCGGCAGAAUGACAGUUUGCUUAAAAUCAUAUUGACUGCUGGCCUUCAAGACCUAGAAACUUCUCCCGAACAAAGACAUUUCCUUGUUCCCUAGACUGACUUGGGUCUAUUUAUUUCUCAUUUGUACCAAGGCGUAUCCUCUUCUCCAUUUAUAUUCUGUGGGCCCAAGUCUACGCUUGACUCCAUAGAAUGUCAGGACCAAAUAACGUCACAGCUACACGGCAAAGGGCAAAGUUUCAGGUCAUCUCUAUUAUUUCCCUAAGAGCUUUUACCCUGUUGCAUGUCACGUAGGUUCAAGCUUCUGUAACAUAGGCAGCUGCACUGCCCAUCCAUCUCUGUUAAUAGAGCAAAAAGUGCGGCUGAUAACCUAACAACCCUUUCAGAGCUCUAGUCGCCAGCUCAUCAGAAAACCGUAUUUUGAAAAGUUGCUUGAGAUUCUCCUGCUGCCUUGCACUCUAGUUUCGAAGGAUUCACACCUUUAGGAAAUAGACGCCUACUCUAGCAAUUAAGUGACUUAGGUGUUUACUGAGCAGCUUUCAUUAACUUAAUGCCGCUGUUGAUUCAAAAGUAAAGAAAACUUACUAGGAGCCAGUGACUACAAAGUAUAGGAGAGACAACCAGUGAACAAAAUGUCACCCACUCCACAUGGAGACGAUUGGGUUUUUUAUUUAAGAAAAUGUUAUUCACAUCCGGGAAUGGAAAUCUAGCCACUGAAACUAGUUAAUGAAAAGACUUCUUUUCCUUUCUUCUGGUUCUUACUUUCUAAACCAUAUGCAGGGUGGGGGGAAGAUGAAGAUGCCAGCAGAGAUUUUAAGUCUAGGCCCAAGAGGUUGUUCACGCAAAAAGAAGUUGUUGUCCUAUCUUGAAUUUCAAAUACGAGACCUUGCAGGCUCUGCCUGGAUUUACAGCCAUGCUGCAGCCCUUGCUGACGGGUGGUGAAGACUGGCCUGUAGCCCAUAGUCAGGAUCACUGGAGAAUUAACAUCCAUCAUCGAAGUGACUCUGUGUUUUUCUGAUGUAUUUGGACCUGCUACCAGUAUUCUGGUAGUAUUCAUGUAGGGCCUGACUCUAGAAUGAUGAAGCUAUAAAAGCAAAGUUACAAAAAUGUGAUAAAAUGUAUAGACCUUGGGGAUAUAUCCCUUAUAUAAUAUAUGCAAAGAAAUGAACAAAACAUCUUGUAAAAUACCUUUUAUAGAAGUGUUCAGGAGUUCAAAAACAAAUGCUCAUUCAUUUACACUUAUGAAAAGUUAGUAUAUACUUUUGAAAAUCUGGAGUUUCAUUUUAUCUGGCUAAAAGAGAAAAUAAGCUUUAUUAUACUCAAGCUGCGUCUACAGGACACUCACAUAAAAAGAGAAGAGAAAAAUUCAGGUAAAAAGCUAGAGAGUUUUCUGAGGGGAUUUGACAGAUCCCUACAUACCCAGCUGGACUGAUUUUCUCGUAUCGAAAUGGCCAGUCAUGAUUAAAUUAACCCCAUAUCUGUUUUGAUGUCUUGUACACAAACCAACAAAGACAAGAUGAAUUUAUGACCUUCUUGCAAAAAAACCUUCUGUGCAUUAAAAGUGGGGGCAAUAAACUUGCUCAAUUUUAUUAUAUCUCUAAGUAAAUAUUUAUGUUUCACUCAGACCCCUUCUUGUGACUAUGAAAAGCUGUAGUUGUUGAUUAAAUUUGCAGACUAAAUGUAGGACAGGUACAAUUUUUUGAGAAAUAGCACAUUUAUGGGAGGCCCAGAGGAAACAGAUUUGAAAUGAUGUUUUUAAUCGGGAAAAGUACCAUAAAGUAGCAGCUUGUUGCUCCCUUGUCUUUCUUAUCCACUAAUUUCAAAAUCAGAUUCCUGGAAUGUAGAAGUCAAUAAUUAUUGGGGGAAUAAUCCUAAAAUGUUAAGCUUCACAUAAUGUUUGUAGAGCGAGUUGAUUCUGCUUCCAGCCUCUAGGAAUUCAGGUCUGCUUAGAAUUUAACUAGAGAGUAAUUAUUUUACGGUAAAGACUGCAGGAGAAUAAGAUGUCGUGUGCUCCUGACACCCACCACAACUGGGUAACGUUGCCACUAAAGCUUGUCAGGGUAUUCUAGCAUCUCAGCAGAAAUAUAGGAAACAUAUAUGUAUAAUACCAAAGUGCUAUUUUUACAGUAUCAUUUUUCAAAACGACGUUCUUGAACAAUUUUUCCACUUUGCACCCCCCCUCCCAAUUUGGCAACAGGUAUCUCAUACAUAACAUUGAUGGCUAAAGAAGGGUUUAAAAACAUAUGUCUUUUAAAAAUCAAGUUAAAGACUGUGAAAUGUCCAAGCACAGACAACAUGCACCUGAUUUUCUGAAUGUGAUGCAUUCUCCAGACUGAUAAAAGCACAAGGAACAGUUUGAUAUGCUUUUACAAGAUUCUGAAACCAAAACUGUACAUGGAUCAUCUCUCUCUUGAGAAUAGCAGAGCAACAGAAUAGAUAUAUGACUUUUGUUGUAAGUUUUUGUAGUCAACUGUUUUUACUAAUUCUCGUUCUCUAGGAAAGCUUUCUACUUCUAAUCUGUGGCAAAACGAACUCUUCACGUCUUCUUGUUCUUGUCUAUACAUCCACAGCAUAGCCCAGUUUGAAAUAGUUAUCAGGUUGUCAGAUCCCCACGCAGCCGCAACCUCUUCUCAGGCUUCCCCACCACCAGAGACCACACAGGAAUUUGCAAGCGCAGUUUCUAGGGGCAUCUAGUAUGAACAUGGAUGAGAUUGGACGAGACUCUCUCUCACUAUUAGGUUCACUGCCUGAAGGUGAUGAGGAUGCAGUUUUGGCAGGUUGGCCACAGUCUUUCUUUCCUUGUCCUCUCCCCUGUUGAGCUUGACAACAGUCUGGGAGGUGGGGAAACAGACUUUUCUAAAACAGUGAAGUUCAAGAGGUGCAUCUGUUUUUCAGGUGUGUCCACCUCCAGUGAAAUGUUUUUAAUGAAAAGAUAAAAUGUGUGUGAUCCUUUAAUAACACAUCCUUAUAUAAAGUGGAUAUAGUUUAUACCAAAAUUAUAAUAUAGAUAUAUUAAAAAGAAAGGUGCCUUUUGAUUACCCUUGUUUAUCCUCUAUGGUCUUGGAAGGAAAACCGAGCCAGCAAGCUUCUUGUGUAUUCUGUAGUAAUAUUUUAUUGUACAUGAUUGGUAUUUUUGUGGCGGGGGAAUUGAGAUGCUCCUGAUGGAUACGAGAGGUGGUAGCAGAUUGUAUUUUACCUCCAAAGGUUGAGAACUAUAGAAAAUACUGACCUUUCCCAUACAUUUCUGGAAAGUUCUUUGUGGAUUUAUAUAUAGUCAGGAUGCAUAAACAUGAACUUUAGGUUUGAGACUUAAAAUACCUAUUGUAAGAUAGAAGAAUUCUAUUAUGAGGCUGAAUUCAUUGGACAAGAUAAAAUUCACUUCAUAAGUUUCAUUAUACCUUAGCUAUUCACUUCUGAUAAUCUGAAAGUGGCUGGAGCAUGGGUGUUUUGGGUAAUGAGACACGGAGGCAAGAAAGCUUUAGCUAAGUAAGAAGCUAUGUAAAGUAAGUUAAGAAUGCUAAAAGGAAAGUCUCUUUUUGAAGUAUUCCAUGCCCACUAGGGUCCUUUCCAGGCAACUGACUGUCAACUAUUGAUGAUCAAAAAAUAUAUAUAAAGAUAUUGUAUGAUGUUUCUAUGGCAUCAUUUCAUGAUGCUACUGGACUCCACCAGCCUGGAAGGAUCCCUAGGGCAGAUUUUUCCCCAGUGUCCAUAUUACUUCUGUAUAUUCAUGAAAUUCCAUAUGCUUUUGCAUUUGAUACAUGGCAUCCAGUUGGCAUAGUAUCUGCUUCUUUGUAAUCCAGUUGCUGUUAAGAAUGAUUGACUUUGAAGGAAAAAGAGAAAAUUGCAUCCUAGUGCCAUUCUUCAGUGUGCACACAAUGAAUGGCUGAGCAUUUAGAAGCAGCACCAAGUGUGUCACAGGUGUGGUGUGGCAAUGUUGGCCUCUGACCUGUGAUAAAAAUACAAAACUGGAUCAUUGCACAGCUUGGCUUCUGUUUGCUUCAAAAAUGUAGAAUUGUGGUUGAUGAUCAAUUUCCAAGAUUGUACUAACUUUGAGAGCGUAUAUUUAUAAUGGAAAUACUUAAUGUUUUUAAGAUGAAGGGGCUUAUAGAAUGAUACAGGUUAUUAAUAUAAUUUGGCUUUUGUUAUGCAAAUUAACACCAGCUAUUAAAAUAUAUUUUAGUAGAAAUGCUUUAAUUCAUGUUUUUUUUCCUCUACACUGUGAAUCUUUAAGCCUUGGUGGACUAGAGCAACAUCGUGCUGCCCAAAGGACUAACCUAUGCAAACUAGUUCACAUUUUAGUGGAUGUCACAGUAAUUGUGUAAUAAGACAUUAUUUCCCCCUGCAUAAUGUACAGCGGCAUUGAAAUAAACAUUAAGCCUAGCAUCAUGUAUGUAUAGUAUAGUCACUCACAGACCCUUCAAGGCUACUAUAAUCAUUAGUAUUAUUAUUAUUUGUUUAAAAACAAAUCGCUGAUUUAUCUAUUAAAUCUACUUGAACGAUGUUGGAACAAGAAUGACGGGUGGAUGUGUCGGCUGUGGCUUCAAUGUGGUCACUGCAAGUGUUUUCCUAUGAUAGAACUGUGUUCAGAUGCACUCUCUUCAGGGUAUUAUUAUUCUGUGUCUUCUUUCUGUAUUUGUAAAACAUUAUGACGCUCUAAUUUUCCUAUCUCUACACAUUUGGUUUGCUUAAAUAAAUGCAGGAUAUAACAAAAUGGU